CAACAGAGAAAAUACGGUGUCGUCCUGGAUGAAAUUAAAGCCAGUGCUAGUCCUGAGCUGCAGGCAGUGAGGAUGUUUGCAGAGUAUCUUUCAAACGAGAGUCAAAGGGACACGAUCGUUGCCGAUUUGGACAAGAAGAUGGCAAAAAGUGUCGAUGUGGCCAACACUUUUCUGCUGAUGGCUGCUUCUAUCUAUUUCCACGACAAAAAUCCCGACGCGGCUCUGCGCACUCUGCAUCAAGGGGAGAGCCUGGAGUGCAUCGCCAUGAUGAUACAGAUUCUUCUGAAGCUUGACAGGCUUGAUCUGGCUCGCAAGGAGCUGAAGAAGAUGCAGGAGCAAGACGAGGACGCGACUCUGACUCAGCUGGCAACUGCCUGGGUGAACCUGGCCAUGGGUGGUGAGAAAUUGCAAGAUGCCUACUACAUCUUCCAAGAGAUGGCAGACAAAUGCUCCUCCACCCUCCUGCUCCUGAACGGGCAGGCAGCCUGCUACAUGGCGCAGGGCAAGUGGGACGAUGCCGAGGGGGUUCUGCAGGAGGCCUUGGACAAGGACAGUGGCCACCCUGAGACCCUAAUCAACUUGGUUGUCCUGUCUCAGCACUUGGGCAAACCACCAGAGGUUACGAAUCGCUAUUUGUCACAGUUGAAAGAUGCACAUAAAAAUCAUCCCUUCAUCAAGGAGUAUCAGGCAAAGGAGAAUGACUUCGACCGGCUAGUCAUGCAGUACGCCCCCAGCGCCUGA